UCUGCGGGUGCUCAGGUCCAUCCCCGCAUCUGUCUAGCAAUAGGACACCUGGCAUUAGGACGCCUAGUAUUGGGGUGCCCAGAAUUAAGAUGCCCAGCAUCAGCACGCCCAGCAGUAGGACGCCCAGCAUCAGGACGCCCAGCAGUAGGACACCCAGUAUCAGGACACCCAGCAGUAGGACGCCCAGCAUCAGGACGCCAAGCAGUAGGACACCCAGCAUCAGGACGCCCAGCAGUAGGACGCCCAGCAGUAGGACGCCCAGCAUCAGGACGCCCAGCAGUAGGACGCCCAGCAUCAGGACGCCCAGCAGUAGGACGCCCAGCAUCAGGACGCCCAGCAUCAGGACGCCCAGCAUCAGGACACCCAGCAGUAGGACGCCCAGCAUCAGGAUGCCCAGCAGUAGGACGCCCAGCAGUAGGACGCCCAGCAUCAGGACACCCAGCAGUAGGACACCCAGCAUCAGCACGCCCAGUAUCAGGACGCCCAGUAUCAGGACACCCAGCAUCAGCACGCCCAGUAUCAGGACGCCCAGCAGUAGGACACCCAGCAGUAGGACGCCCAGCAUCAGCACGCCAAGCAGUAGGACGCCCAGCAUCAGGACGCCCAGCAUCAGGACACCCAGUAUCAGGACACCCAGCAGUAGGACACCCAGCAUCAGCACGCCCAGUAUCAGGACACCCAGCAGUAGGACACCCAGCAGUAGGACGCCCAGCAUCAGCACGCCCAGCAGUAGGACGCCCAGCAUUAGGACACCCAGCAUCAGCACGCCCAGCAGUAGGACGCCAAGCAGUAGGACGCCCAGCAUCAGCACGCCCAGUAUCAGGACACCCAGCAGUAGGACGCCCAGCAGUAGGACGCCCAGCAUCAGGACGCCAAGCAUCAGGACGCCCAGCAUCAGGACGCCCAGCAGUAGGACGCCCAGCAUCAGGACGCCCAGAAUCAGGACGCCCAACAUCAGGACGCCCAGCAUCAGGACGCCCAGCAGUAGGACGCCCAGCAUCAGGACGCCCAGCAUCAGCACGCCCAGCAGUAGGACGCCUAGCAUCAGGACGCCCAGUAUCAGGACGCCCAGCAUCAGGACGCCCAGCAGUAGGACACCCAGCAGUAGGACGCCCAGCAGUAGGACGCCCAGCAUCAGGACGCCCAGCAGUAGGACACCCAGCAUCAGGACGCCCAGCAUCAGGACGCCCAGCAGUAGGACACCCAGCAUCAGGACGCCCAGCACUAGGACACCCAGCAUCAGGACGCCCAGCAGUAGGACACCCAGCAGUAGGACGCCCAGCAUCAGGAUGCCCAGCAUCAGGACGCCCAGCAGUAGGACACCCAGGAUCAGGACGCCCAGCAUCAGGACGCCCAGCAGUAGGACACCCAGCAUCAGGACGCCCAGCAGUAGGACACCCAGCAUCAGGACGCCCAGCAGUAGGACACCCAGCAGUAGGACGCCCAGCAGUAGGACGCCCAGCAGUAGGACGCCCAGCAUCAGGACGCCCAGCAGUAGGACGCCCAGCAGUAGGACGCCCAGCAGUAGGACGCCCAGCAUCAGGACGCCCAGCAUCAGGACGCCCAGCAGUAGGACACCCAGCAGUAGGACACCCAGCAUCAGGACGCCCAGCAGUAGGACGCCCAGCAUCAGGACGCCCAGUAUCAGGACACCCAGCAGUAGGACACCCAGCAUCAGCACGCCCAGUAUCAGGACACCCAGCAGUAGGACACCCAGCAGUAGGACGCCCAGCAUCAGCACGCCCAGUAUCAGGACACCCAGCAGUAGGAUGCCCAGCAUCAGGACGCCCAGCAUCAGGACACCCAGCAGUAGGACACCCGGCAUCAGGACACCCAGCAGUAGGACGCCCAGCAUCAGGACACCCAGCAUCAGGACACCCAGCAUCAGGACGCCCAGCAUCAGGACGCCCAGCAGUAGGACGCCCAGCAUCAGGACACCCAGCAUCAGCACGCCCAGCAGUAGGACACCCAGCAGUAGGACGCCCAGCAUCAGGACACCCAGCAGUAGGACGCCCAGCAGUAGGACGCCCAGCAUUGGGAUGCUGCUAUGGUUUAGAUGUUUGUCAUUGAAAUUUAACAGUAUUAAGAGGUGGGACAUUUAAGAGGUGAUUAGGUCAUAAGGGCGUCGUCCUUAUGGGUGGUAUAGAUGCCAUUAUAAAUGGGCAAGUUCAGCCCCCUCUAGUGUUGUCUGACCCUCAGUCUUGGACCCCCAGUCUUCAGAACUGUGACCCAAUACAUUUCUGUUCAUUGUAAAUUACCUUGUUUCAGGUUGUAGCAGCAGACAUGCAUUAGGACACCUGGUGUUAGGGUGUUUGGCAUUAGAAUGCCUGGCGUGAGGCUUGUAUGAAUUCACCAUCACUGACUUAACCAAGACUUAAUGUUGUACAUCUGUCUGUCUUAGUCACUUCAGGCUGCCACAACGAAGUACCAUAGACCGAGUGUAUUAAACAAUAGAAAUUUAUUUCUCAAAGUUAUGGAGGCUGGAAGUACGAGAUCCAGGAGUGGGCAGGGCUGGUUCCCCCUGAGGCCUCUCUCCUUGGCUUGUAGGUGCUGUCUUCUCUCCCUGGUCCUCACGUGGCGAGAGGGGUGAGGGAGCUCUCUGGGGUCCCUUUUACCAGGGCACUGAUCCCAUUCCUGAGGCUCUACCUCAUGGCCUAAUCACCCCCAAAUACCCCACUGCCUCAUAUUAAACACCAUCCCCUGGGGGUUAGGAUGUCAACACAUGAAUUUGGAAGGACUCGUUCAAUCUGCAGCAGCACCACACUUCCAGGCUUUGGCUCUCAUAAGCAAUGUUGUAACAAGUACCCUUGCACUUAUAUUCUGUCAUUUGUUCAAUGUUUAUUGAGUUCUCUCUGAGCUACACAUAGAGACAGGCUCUGUCCCGAGGAAGCGUGCAUUCGGGUGUGGGAGACAGCAAUAAACAAGUAACCCUGCACAGGCUUCUAAGAAAAAAGCUCUUCUCGCAUCCAAAGAAAUAAAAAUAGACAGGUAAAGAAGCACUGGACCUGGAGGUGGUGAUUAGUGCUGCUCGGGAAAUUAAGCAGGCGGGGGCUGGCCUUGGGGGUCUGCUCUGGGGUGGGCACUGCAGUGGCCGUGGCCGGGGGUCUUUCAGGAACCGUUAUAUUCCUGUUGGCUUGUCUAUAAGAUGGACUCUGGCCAAAGGCUGCCCACAGCUAAAAUUCCUCUGACACCCGUUUCCAAGCUGCCCCCUAAAGAGGUCACGUGACUCUACCUCCCCAAAAGUACACCGCAAUACGGUCACACACCCCUAAACACAGGGUUUGCCAAUGACUGCUGAUCUAAGGACAAAGUUCAUUUCAUUUUUAGUUACAUUUUUUGAGUAAGAGUGUGACUCGACAACUUUCAUACACUCGGUAAAAAUUUUGAGUAACUGGUAGUAAUUGCCAUUCAUGUUUGUUUAUGAUUUAUAUGUUUCAGGUGAAUUUUCUGUCGUUCACUAAUGCCUUUCCCUCUGCGCCGCUUGCCCUUUGACGUCACGAUGUCCCGAGGUGUCUUCCCGUGCAUGUUUGUGUGGUCGGACCCGGCAGGGCUGGCUGGUGUGGCUUUCUCCUUACAGCUUGCGUCCCUGCCUCUUUCCCGUGCCUGGUAAUUUUUGACUGGGUGCCAGACAGUGUGAAUUUUACCCCACUGGGGGCUGGCUUUCUUUGUUUUCCUGAAUAUACUGUUGAGUUUUGUUCUGGAUGUGGCCAAUUCGCUGUCUUGUUUUUCGGCUUUAUUAGGUGGGAUCAGCGCAGAAUUUAGUCUGAGGAUGCUUUUCCCCACAGUCGAGUUCGUGCCCUUUUCAUUACUCUGACUGAUGCCUGUGAUUUACGACUUUUUUCUCUCUCUGUUGGAAACACUCUAGUUAAAAAGGCAGAGAUUGUCAGGUUGGAUGAAAAGUCAAGACCCAGGCCAGGCUCAGUGGCUCAUGCCUGUAAUUCCAACACCUUGGGAGGCUAAUG